GCAGCCGGGAGGAGGCGGCGGCCCCGGCGCCCCAGGGCCCGCCCGCCCUCAGCCAUUCCCGGAGGCCCGGAGACCUGCUCCACCCGGCCCUCCGUGGGUGAGUGUGAGCAGCGGACAGCGGGAGGGGCCUCCGAGGGCGGAGGGGCCCGGAGCCGGGGCGAAGGCUGUCAUCGCUCCAGGCCCUGCAGGGGGACCCGCCAACAUCCUCGCUGCUGCGCUGGGCCGGGGCGUGCCCGCGGCUGCACCCUCAUCUGGGCCCCAGCUGGGGCCGCCCGGGGCCUGCGGUUGCUCGACUUUGCCGGCAGAGCCUCAGACCCGGGCUCUACCCCCACGAGGACAGCGGCGUGGGGCCACGGCCAGCUGGCUGACCCACGGAGGCUCCGGCCAUGCCCAUCUGGCCCUGGGGGCUGCUGGUGACCGCGGGCACGCUCUUGGCCGCGCUGAGCCCGGGGCCGCCAGCGCCCGCCGACCCCUGUCAUGAGGAGGGGGGCGCCCCGCGAGCCUGCGUGCCUGGCCUGGUGAAUGCGGCCUUGGGCCGCGAGGUGCUGGCGUCCAGCACGUGCGGGCAGCCCCCCACGCAGGCCUGCGAUUCCUCCGACCCGCGGCGGGCACACCCCGCCGCCCUCCUGACCUUGGCAGGGGGCACCGCCAGCCCCCUGUGCUGGCAUUCCGACUGGCUGACGCAGGCGCCCCUCAACGUGAGCCUCACAGUACCCCUGGGCAAAACUUUCGAGCUGGUGUUUGUGAGCUUGCGCUUCUGCUCCACGCCCCCCACCUCAGUGGCCCUGCUCAAGUCGCAGGACCACGGCCGCAGCUGGGUCCCGCUGGGCUUCUUCUCCGCCUGCUGUGGCCUGGACUAUGGCCGCCUGCCCGCCCCUGCCAAUGGCCCAGCCGGUCCCGGGCCUGAAGCUUUGUGCUUUCCUGAGCCCCAGACCCAGCCUGAUGGCGGUGGCCUUCUGGCCUUCAGCGUGCAGGACAGCAGCCCGCCCGGCCUGGAUCUGGACAGCAGCCCGGUGCUCCAAGACUGGGUGACCGCCACAGACAUUCGAAUAGUGCUCACGAGGCCGGCCAUGCUGGGGGACACCAGCAACUCCGAGGCCGUGGUCCCUUACUCUUACUCAGCCGCUGAGCUCCAGGUGGGCGGGCGCUGCAAGUGCAAUGGGCAUGCUUCAAGGUGCUUGCUGGACACCCAGGGCCACCUGAUCUGCGACUGCCGGCAUGGCACCGAGGGCCCCGACUGUGGCCGCUGCAAGCCCUUCUACUGCGACAGGCCCUGGCAGCGGGCCACAGCCCGGGAAGCCCACGCUUGCCUUGCUUGCUCCUGCAAUGGCCAUGCCCGCCGCUGCCGCUUCAACAUGGAGCUGUACCGAUUGUCCGGCCGUCGCAGUGGUGGUGUCUGCCUCAACUGCCGGCACAACACUGCCGGCCGCCACUGCCAUUACUGCCGGGAGGGCUUCUAUCGCGACCCGGGCCGUGCACCGAAUGACCGCCACGCUUGCAGGGCCUGUGACUGUCACCCUGUUGGUGCUGCUGGCAAAACCUGCAACCAGACCACAGGCCAGUGUCCCUGCAAGGAUGGUGUCACUGGCCUCACCUGCAAUCGCUGCGCCCCUGGCUUCCAACAGAGUCGUUCUCCAGUGGCACCCUGUGUUAAGACCCCUGUCCCUGGACCCACUGAGGAGAGCAGCCCUGUGGAGUCGCAGGACUGUGAUUUGCACUGCAAACCCACCCGGGGCAGCUACCGCAUCAGCCUGAAAAAGUUCUGCAGGAAAGACUAUGCGGUGCAGGUGGCGGUGGGUGCGCGCGGCGAGGCGCGUGGCUUGUGGACGCGCUUCCCGGUGGCCGUGCUCGCCGUGUUCCGGAGCGGCGAGGAGCGCGCACGGCGCGGGAGCAGCGCACUGUGGGUGCCCGCACGGGAUGCUGCCUGCGGCUGCCCACACCUGCUACCUGGUCGCCGCUACCUGCUGCUGGGUGGCGGGCCAGGGGCGGCGGUCGGGGAUCCAGGGGGCCGAGGACCCGGUCUCAUCGCCGCUCGCGGGAGCCUCGUGCUGCCCUGGCGCGACGCGUGGACGCGGCGCCUUCGGAGACUGCAGCGCCGCGAGCGGCGGGGGCGUUGCAGGGCGGCCUGAGCCCGCGGGCCAGGCUGGGGCUGGGCGGGGCGCUACUCCCACAUCAAGGCGCACGUUCGACCAGUGCAUCUGUCUGUGGAGGAGUCUUUGCUCACAUCGCGCGCGUGGCCAUCUGAGUCCCCACCCAACCCUGCCGGGCGCCUCCCUCUGCGCCUCGCGCCCGUGCCCAGAAUGGGUGUGACCAACGCAGCGACUCAGAGGGAUAUGAUAGCCCAAUGAGCUGCCUGGAACCUUCCUUUGGCAGCUGUUGAUGAUUCCUUGGACCUUGGAUCUCCCACACUCGCGCUAUCUGCCCCCUCCCAGGGAAACCGUGAUACCUACAGAAGGCUGUGAGCCUUCUGGUGGGGGCCUCUGCUAACACCCCGAGGGCCGCCUCCUCGUGAUGCCGUAGCCCAUCAGAGAGCGCUCUUACCUUUCUACAAGGCACUGUGUAUCCCCCCAAAUGGUUACGAAGCCCCCUGUGAAUCCAGGAGCCACUGUCGGUCUGAGAACACACCGAGGGCCGCUGAGACUCCACUCCCCAGGGGCUCCUAGAAUCCGCCAGAGAGCGCUAUGGCUCACCGAGAGGCGCUGUGGCCACCACUUUGGUCCACAGACCCGCUCGGGGCUCGGCGACACUGGUUUCCCCGCCCCUGCCAGAACCCGCAGAGGGUGCUGUGACUCCUCCCCCGGCGAGGACGGGGGCCUCUGCGCCCCGUCUGUCCCCUAUGCCUGACCUUUCUCUACCGGUUGGGCCUCUGUGUCCCUGUCUCCACUGCGUCUCUGCCUCUGUUCAGCCUCGUUCUUGGCCUGCCUUGUCCCUGUCUCUUGUCUCUGUCCCGCUGUCUCUCUCGGAUUCGGCUUUAGGACCCCUCCCGUAAAGUCCAGCUCCUAGGAUCCCCUGCGUCCCUUCUCCCACUCGGCACCGGACGUCGUGCCCACCGCGUUCCUGGGUCUACGCGUAACGCGGCGGAGCGGCACCUCCCGCGGACAGCCCUCUGGUCUCCUGAUGCCCCCAGCCCUGCGCUCCGCAGGGCCCGGUAGC